AUGGAAGACAACGAGUCAAUUCUCAAUUAUUUCGGAAAACUUUUUCAAAAUGUCGUUGAAUUAAAGAGUCUCGGAGAGAAGAUUUCUGACGCGGAUCUCUCCACCAAACUUCUGAGGUCAGUCUCAGGUAAGUUUGACUCGAUUACAACAUCAAUUGAGCAAUUUCAAGAUCUUGAUGUAAUCUUAGUGGAGGAGGUUCUUGGAACUCUUUAGAUUCGUGAAGACAAGCUUCGAGAUCUCUCAGUCAAGAGGGAAGAGAAAGCCUUAUCGGCUCAUGCUCUCGGCAAAAACAAGAAAAAAGAUUUUUUCAAUGGUUCUCAGGCAAGAGGCAAAGGCCGUGGCAGGGGCAGAGGCCAUGGCAGAGGAAGAGCAGAGGAACAAUGA